AGGAGUGUCUUGGAACCCUGCCUCCAUCUGCUGCAUCUCUCCUUGGGUCAUCCAAGCAGUGUGAAGCUCCUCGGCUACAUCUCAGUUCUUGGCGAUGCCCCUGUGAGGUCACAGGAGCGGCUUGGAGCCCUGCCUCCAUCUCAUGCUCUUCUCUGCGGGUCAGCCAAGCAGUGUGCAGCUCCUCCUCUGUGUCCCGUUCCUGGCCACGGCACGAUGAGGUCACAGUAGCAGCUUGAAGGCCCACGUCCUUCUGGCGCUCCUCUGCAUGGGUCAGCCAAGCAGCGUGAAGGUCCUCGGCUGCAUCCAGGUUCCUGGCCACACCAUGGUGAGGUCACAGGAGCGACUUGGAGCCCCCCAUUAAUCCAUCGGGUGCCCCUCUCCCCGGGUCAGCCAAUCAGAAUGAAGCUCCUAGGCUGCGUCCCAAUACCAGGCCACUCAUUGGUGAGGUCAAAGUAGCGGCUUGGAUCCCCACCUCAACUAAGUAAGCCCUUCUCUCCGCGGGUCAGGCAAGCACCGUGAAGCUCCUUGGUUGCGUCCUAUUUCCUGGACAUGCAACAUUGAGGUCACAGGAGCGGCUUGGAGUCCUGCCUCCAUUCAGCGCUCCACUCUUCGGGUCAGCCAUGCAAUGUGAACUCCUUGUCUGUGACCCUAUUCCUGGCCACGCCACGGUGAGGUCACAGGAGCAGCCUGGAGCCCCGCCUCCAUUGGGCACUCUUCUCUGCGGGUCAACCAAGCAGCAUGAAGCUCCUGGACUGCAUCCCGGAUCCUGGCCAUGCCAUGGUCAGCCAAACAGUGUGAAGCUCCUCGACUGCAUCCAGGUUCCUGGCCACGCCCUGGUGAGGUCACAGGAGAGGCUUAGACCCCCACCUCCAUCUGGCACUCCUCUCUUCCGGUCAGCCAAGCGGCAUGAAGCUCCUCAGCUGCGUCCUGGUUACUGGCCACACCAUGAUGUUGUCACAGGAGCGGCUUGGAGCCCCGCCUCCAUCCCCCGCUCCUCUCCAUGGUCAGCCAAGCAGCGUGAAGCUCCUUGGCUGCAUCCCGGUGCCUGGCCACACCACGGUGAGGUCCCAGGAGCAGCUUGGAGACCUGCGUUAAUCCAUCCAGUGCUCCUCUCCACAGACAGGGGACAGAUUCGAGCUGUAGGAGUUGUAAGAAGAGAGACAGAUCUUCACUCAAGGUUGCAGCAGGAGAUGUCUUGCCUGUCUAGGUGGCAGUUUGACACCCAGUUCUACAUGCACCAUCUUUCCUGGAGAAUAUGCCAAAUAACUAACUGAUAAUAAAGACUAAGCACCA